ACCACGAGGAUCAUUUCUCAAGAGAUUCCGCGAAAACAAAAGCAAGUAGCUGCAGCUGACUCUGCCUCAGCCUCACUUUUUUGUCUGCAAAAUUUAGAAGCCAAUAAUGGUGAUGGCCACUCACUUGUGCACUUCCUCUCCUCUUCUCCCCGCCAAAAUUAUACACAAACCUUCUUUUCCAAAAUCUUCUUCCUUACCCAUCAACGUCAAGCAUCAAUCGACACCGUUAAAACGUUCCUCAGUUUUAGCUACAGCCACCACUACUUCUUCAUCCAUUGGACUCACUGAAUAUCCCACUUCCGUACAGUCCUCCAAGUCUAAAUCACUGCCCUUCCGUGUGGGCCAUGGCUUCGAUCUUCAUAGAUUGGAGCCGGGCUACCCUUUGAUCAUUGGUGGCAUUAGUAUUCCCCACAACAGAGGUUGCGAGGCUCACUCUGACGGUGAUGUUUUGCUUCACUGUGUUGUUGAUGCUAUCUUGGGAGCAUUGGGACUUCCUGAUAUUGGUCAGAUUUUUCCUGAUUCUGAUCCUAAAUGGAAGGGCGCAGCUUCCUCUGUCUUCAUUAAAGAAGCUGUGAGACUUAUGCAUGAAGCAGGUUAUGAGAUCGGCAACUUGGAUGCUACCUUGAUUCUUCAAAGACCAAAACUAAGCCCUCACAAGGAGGCAAUUCGGGCCAAUUUGUCAGAGCUGCUUGGAGCGGAUCCCUCAGUUGUUAAUCUGAAAGCUAAAACUCACGAAAAGGUCGACAGCCUUGGUGAAAAUCGAAGCAUUGCAGCUCACACUGUGAUUCUUCUAAUGAAGAAGUAAAAGGUGCUGCAGGAAACGUAUCGUGGAACUGUAAGCAUUAUUACCGUAUAUUGCUUACACAUAUUUAAUUACUUAUAGUCAUUAAAAAUUAUGCAUUUGAUCCAACUAGCUUAACUGUGAAGUUCCUGUCAUAUCAUACCAAUAUAAAUGAGGGCAAGUCUGAACAGAACCAUAUACUCAUUUUCUGGAAGUCAAUAUACCCUUUUCUCAAAUUUGCGUUCAA